AUGUUUAGAAAUAAUUAUGAUAGUGACACUGUCACAUUUUCACCAACAGGGCGUUUGUUCCAGGUCGAAUAUGCCCUAGAGGCCAUUAAACAAGGUAGUGCAUCAAUUGGUUUAAGAUCAGACACCCAUGCUGUUUUGGUUGCUCUAAAGCGAAAUGCUGAAGAUUUAGGUUCAUAUCAUAAGAAAAUUAUAAAAAUUGAUAACCAUAUUGCUAUAGCCUUAUCUGGAUUGGCCCCUGAUGCAAGGGUUUUAUCAAAUUAUUUAAGAAAUAAGGCAAUGGAAGAAAAAUUGGUGUAUAAUAGACCAAUACCAAUCCAGUUGGCUGUGAAUUUAUUGGCUGACAAAGCUCAACAAAAUACUCAGAGCUAUGGCUCAAGACCAUACGGUGUCGGGUUGUUGGUUGUUGGAUAUGACGGUUCUGGUCCUCAUUUGUUUGAAUUUCAACCAAGCGGCCAGGUUUUAGAAUUUUAUGCAAAUGCAAUUGGAGCCAGAUCUCAAGGUGCUAGAACUUAUUUGGAGAGAAACUUUUCUAGUUUCAAAUCUACUACGGAAAGAGAAUUGAUUGCAAAAGGGGUUGAAGCUUUGAGACAAACCCUAAAAGACACUGAGUUGACAUCGUCAAACACAAGUAUCGCAAUUGUUGGGAAGUCUGGUUUGAAAAUCUUUGAAAACGAAGAUGUUGAGCCCUUCUUAAAACAAGAAACUGCUCUGGAUCUGGCUGGCAUCGAUGAAAAUAGCAAUUCAACUGAUAUUGAAGAAAGAAAUCCUGUUGAACAAACACAAGUAAAUGAUACAAACGUUGAAACGAUGGAUACUGAUUAA